CACGCAGCCAAUCAGAAGUUGGAACAGCUGUCUGGCUGGCCAAUGGGAGUGCGCCGAGGGUCAGCCGCAGGUGAAGCGGACAGCAGCGCUGUGUUCGUUCACAUUCGUGUGCUGGCGACGUAAUGCGCAUCCAGAAGAACUCGCUGCGCGCGCGCCGCGAUGCGACCGAUCUGCCGCCGCGGGGCUCAAUCUCCAUCUGAUCCGGAUCUGGAGCCUAAUUCCACUGCUUUAUAAUCAACACUGACUUGUCCCUGCUUAACAUGGCUGUGCGCAGCAACGCUCUGGUGCCAUUCUCCAUCCAAGCCAUUCUGAACCGAAAAGAGGAGUCUCGGCAUAUGAGCGAUCUGGAUGUUUGUUUCUCCAAAAGCGCUUGUUGGAAAAUCUUCGAUGAAAUGGAUGCACCAGACAGAAGCGACGAGAGAGAGCACAAGAGCUACGACUCGGACUCCGGGCUGAGCGAGGACAACGACAGUAAAGCGCAAACCGACGCAAAGCCCGAAAAAGACGCAGAUUUAGCGGACGACACGGAUCCGUACAGCCCCGGAGACCUGCUCCGUCCGCCGCUGCUCUCCUAUUACUACCCCUACACCUACUGCCUUCCCGCCUGGAGCCUGUCCUCCGCAUGCACGGGAAGCCAGUGACACCGGGACUUACACUAUUUAUUCUACUAAAGACAUUCAUUAACUGAACACACCAGGCCCGGUUCUACGGGGUGCUGGAGGGUGCUCGAACGAAAUCAAUAGCACGCUCAGUUAAAGCUGCAUUCAUGGCAUUUCAUCGCAGAUUUGGGCAAACUAUCCAGUGUGUUAUGGUUUGCAGCGUUGAGCAA